CAGAUUCUCCUCCCUUUACUUCUCUCUCUCUCUCUCUCUCUCGAUAUAUAUAUAUUCUCUCUCAUAGUUUUUGAUAAGAAUGAGUGCCCUUCUCUGAAAUUCCAAAACACCCUAAAACCAGAUAGAAGCCCCUUUUUUUAAUUUGAUUUUUUUUUCUCUCAGGCUUUUCAUCGAACAGGCAUAAUGAUUAAGUUGUUCAAAGUAAAGGAAAAACAGAGAGAACUUGCUGAAAGUGCAAAUGGGAAGCCUCCGGUAAAGAAGCAAAGUGCUGGAGAAUUACGUCUUCAAAAAGACAUUAGUGAACUCAACCUGCCAAAAACAUGCAACAUAGCAUUCCCCAACGGCAAGGAUGAGCUUAUGAAUUUCGAAGUUACUAUUCGGCCCGAUGAAGGCUAUUAUCUGGGUGGGACAUUUCUUUUCUCAUUCCAAAUUUCGCCCAUCUACCCGCACGAGGCACCAAAGGUUAAAUGCAAGACAAAGGUCUACCAUCCGAACAUCGAUUUGGAAGGAAACGUGUGCCUAAACAUUCUUAGAGAAGACUGGAAACCCGUGCUAAACAUAAACACCAUUAUCUAUGGGUUGUACCAUCUUUUCACGGAACCAAAUCACGAGGACCCUCUCAAUCAUGAAGCUGCUGCAGUAUUGAGAGACAAUCCGAAAAUGUUUGAAUCUAACGUUCGGAGGGCAAUGUCGGGUGGCUAUGUAGGGCAAACUUUCUUCGCUCGUUGCUUAUAGUUUCCGAAUAAAGAUUGAAUCAGUGACCGAUUUGAAGCUCGUUCGAAACUUCGCAGGGAUUUGAUGUAACUAAGAAGCAGAUAAAAGGGAUGUUUGUAUUUUGCUACUACUAUAACUUAUGCUUUUUUCUCUGUUGGGCUUAUUCAUUGUGUGCCACCGUUCCGAAGAUUGAAACACCUUUAUUUUUGUUUGGAAAGACGAAUUACGAAUUGUCUUAAUAUGACUACUAAGUUCAUAAAAUUUGUGUGAUAUUUGGUAAGUA